AGUGUGUCUCGGUGCAUGAAAGCUGUGAUGGCAGGAAGCAGUGACGACACCAACACCAAAAGUAAGAAAGUUAAGGCCUUUGUGACGGUGAAGCAAAGUAGUGAGGGACUCCUAACGAGUCUUGUUACUAGAGGUGUUGAUGGGAUCAAAGAAUUGGUUGGAAAAACACUUGCUUUGGAGCUUGUUAGCGACGAGCUUGAUCCAAAAACAAAGUCAGAGAGAAAUACAAUAAAAGGAAAUGUACAUAAGACACAGAGCAAAGAGAAUGAGGAGCUGUAUGAGACCACAUUUGAGAUACCAGCAGACUUCGAGAGUGUGGGUGCUGUUUUAGUUGAGAAUGAGCACCACGAGGAGGUGUUUCUAAAGAGUAUAGUCCUUGAUGGCUUCGCUGAUGGUCCUGUGCACCUUACUUGUGAUUCAUGGAUUCAGCCCAAGCAUGAUUGUCCUAUAAAGAGAGUCUUCUUUACUAAUAAGUCGUACUUGCCAUCACAAACACCAAGUGGAAUAAGAAGGCUGAGAGAAGAAGAGCUGGUCCUGCUGAGAGGGAAUGGAGAAGGAGAGCGCAAGAGCUCUGACAGAAUAUAUGACUAUGAUAUGUACAACGAUCUUGGGGAUCCUGAUUCCAAUAUUGACCUCAAAAGACCUGUUCUUGGUGGCACCAAACAUCAUCCAUAUCCAAGACGGUGUCGUACUGGUCGAAAGCACUCUGAAACAGACCCAUCAUCUGAAACGAGAAGUUCCAGCUUUUAUGUUCCACGUGACGAGACUUUUGCUGAGAUAAAGCAGACACAGUUUACAACGACCACAGUGUCCUCAGGACUUAGUGCAAUUUUAGAAUCAUUAGAUGCAAUUCUCAGUGACCAAAAUCUUGGAUUUGUAAGCUUCGAAGACAUAGACACGCUCUACAAAGAAGGAUUUCAUUUGCCACCUCUUAAAGCCUCUGGGUUAACAUUGCUCCAAAGAAUCAUUCCCAAGUUGAUCAAGGCUGCUAAUGAUAGCCAGAACCUUUUGCGCUUUGAUACCCCUGAAGCGGUUAAAAGGGACAAAUUCUUUUGGUUAUCAGAUGAGGAAUUUGCUAGGGAGACUUUGGCAGGUGUCAACCCGUACAGCAUCCAAUUGGUCAAGGAAUGGCCUUUGAGAAGUAAUCUAGAACCCCAAAUAUAUGGUCCACCAGAAUCAGCUUUCAUCAGAGAAGUCAUCCAGCCGCAGAUAAUUGGUUACGACACAGUUGAGGAGGCCAUUAAAGAGAAGAAGUUGUUCAUGUUAGACUACCAUGAUUUGUUCCUACCAUAUGUAAGCAAAGUGAGAGAGAUUAAGGGAACCACACUAUAUGGAUCACGGACACUAUUCUUCCUAACCACACAAGGCAUAUUGAAGCCAAUAGCUAUUGAGCUCACUAGACCAGCUAUGGAUGGCAAACCCCAGUGGAAGCAAGUCUUCACCCCUGCUUCUCAUUCAACCAAUCUCUGGCUUUGGAGGCUUGCUAAAGCUCAUGUUCUCUCCCAUGAUUCUGGUUAUCAUGAACUUGUAAGCCAUUGGUUAAGAACUCACUGUGCUGCAGAACCCUUCGUUAUUGCAACAAACAGGAACCUUAGCAUCAUGCAUCCAAUCUAUAGAUUAUUGAAUCCACAUUUGAGAUAUACUAUGGAAAUCAACUCUCUGGCACGUCAAGUGCUUAUAAGUGCAAAUGGGGUCAUUGAAAUCUCAUUCUCUACUAAUAAGUACUCAAUGGAAUUAAGCUCCGUGGCAUAUGAUAAGCUAUGGCAGUUUGAUUUACAGGCACUUCCCAAUGAUCUUAUUCACAGAGGAAUGGCUGUGGCAGAUCCUAAUGCACCACAUGGCCUAAAGCUAUCAAUUGAAGACUACCCUUUUGCCAAUGAUGGUCUCCUUAUAUGGGAUGCCAUCAAUCAGUGGGUCACAGAGUAUGUCAAUCAUUACUAUCCAAGCCCACACAUCAUAGAGUCUGACCAAGAGCUCCAAGCAUGGUGGACAGAUAUUCGAACAGUGGGUCAUGGAGACAAAUCUGAAGAACCAUGGUGGCCAAAUCUAAAAACACCAAAAGACCUUAUUGAUAUCAUCACCACUAUAGCCUGGGUAGCAUCUGCUCAUCAUGCAGCUACGAACUUUGCGCAAUAUACUUACGGAGGCUAUUUCCCUAAUCGACCCUCAAUUGCUAGAAACAAAAUUCCCACAGAAGACCCUUCUAAGGAAGAAUGGGAAAAUUUUCUGAACAAACCUGAGCAAACCCUUUUGGAAUGUUUCCCAUCACAAAUCCAGGCAACUUUAGUGAUGGUAAUUUUGAACUUAUUAUCAACUCAUUCACCAGAUGAAGAGUACAUUGGGCAGCACAUUGAACCAUCAUGGGCUGAGAAUCAAACUAUAAAGGCAGCUUUCGAAAGGUUUAGUAGGAGACUGAAGGAGAUUGAAGGUAUAAUAGACUCAAGGAAUGCAAACAGUAAUUUGAAAAAUAGACAUGGAGCUGGGGUAGUGCCUUAUGAACUAAUGAAACCAUUUUCAGGGCCUGGAGUCACUGGAAAGGGAGUUCCAUAUAGCAUAUCCAUUUAA